AUGCAAAUUAUGCUGUCAUUGAUAGUGCUGACUACUUGGAUUCUGGCUGUGUAUGCGCCAAUUCAAAUUAAUGGUGAACUUAGAGAUCCAACAUUGUUGGAUAGUCAAAUUGAAGAUGGAUUAAAUGAACAAAUUCUCUAUGAAUAUGAAGCAUUUUACAUUUAUGAUCAUAUGGCCUCCUACCUAUCCAGACCAGAAGUUGGAUUAUCAGGUUUUGCGAAAUUUUUCCGUGAAAGUGCCAAUGAAGAAUUGGAACAUGCACGUAAAUUUAGUGAAUUUGUGAAUAAACGUAAUUCAAAAGUUGUGCUGAAAAAUAUUUUACUCUCAUCUUCCGGUGUACCGAUGGAUUUUAAAAAUAUUCAUGAAGUAAUUGAUACAGCCAUUGGAAAAGAACUUGAAGUCACUGCACAAAUAAAUACAUUGCAUAAGUUAGCAUCGAAAAUGAAUGAUGCAAUUACACAAGAUUUUUUGGAUGAUUUCCUUCAAGAACAAGUGAAUUCUGUGAGUAAACUAAGAGAAAUGCGUGCACGUCUACGAUUGGAUAAUAGUGCAGUUUAUUUGAUGGAUAAAGAAUUUCGUUGAAUUAGGGAAAUCUUCUCGACACACACACCAAUAAGAAUGGGCCUUGUUACUUUGUUAAUCAAUCAUAUGAAAAUUGUAGACAAUUGUUAUUAAUAUUUUCCUGUAGAAAAAAAGCUGACAGUGAUUUUUACAUCUGCUCAAUCUAUUCUGUUUGAAUACGUUGAAAUGUGGUUUUUUCUAAAAACUGAUUUAUUCAUCUGAAUUUCUUUUUCAUAUUCUUAAUCAUUUAAAUUCAAAUUGUACUGAUAAAAAGAAUUGUUACUUAUUUGACCGAGUUUUAAAAGCA